AUGGAGCUCUUUGACAACACAACCUCGAGCAUCCAGGCCGUGGCUGUCGAAUAUGGAGGCUUAAGAGAGUACCAAUCGCAUUUCCUGCUGGCGGUCGCUUUCGUCGUUGUAGUCUAUGGGUUCCUGCGCAACGAUGACGCCAAGAAACUGCCCGUCAUCAACCCAAAAGGAUUCUUCCAAUUGACCUCUUCCCAGGCUAUCAUGUCAUUCGCCAUAGCUGGACGGGAUCUUCUUGACGAGGCAAGGCGAAGAUUCGGGGCUACGCCGUUUCGCGUCUUGACGGACCAGGGCAAUAUCAUCAUGCUUCGGCCGCAGCACGGGGAGGAGAUCCGCAACGACCCUCGCUUUAGCGUUGAUAAGCCUAUCAUUGAACUGUUCCAGGCGAAAUAUCCUGGAUUUGAACCAUUCAUGGAAGGCGCAAUUCCUACAAAACCUCUGCAAAAUGUAGUCAAGCUACGAGUCACCAAGUCUCUAGCGAAGAUCACCCAGCCUUUGUCAGAUGAAUGCGCAGUGACGCUUCAAGAGUUCCUCGGUGGCACGAAAGGCUGGCCGCUGACUUCAAAGACAGAUUCCCAGGAUAUUGUUCUCAGGGACUUGAUCAUCCGCCUCAUCUCGAGAAUUGUAUUGGGCAUGCGAAAGUUACGCCUCUGGCCCAGCUUCCUGAAGACAUUGGCAACGAACUAUAUCCCUGAGUGCAAGGACCUCAAGGCCCAAGUAAAGGAGGCCUGGGACCUCGUCGCCGCCGAACUGGAGGCGCGACACGCCAAGAAUGAUGGAAAGGAGUACAAUGACGCUAUCUACUGGUUCGAAGAGCAUGCUGCCGGGAAGCCUUACAACUUUGGGGCGUCGCAGCUAAUGUUAGCGGUGGUUUCCAUCGGCACGACAUCGGAUCUGAUCACGCAGGCUAUGGUCGACAUUCUGCAGCACCCCGAGCUGAUUGGUCCUUUGAGAGAAGAAAUUAUCGCAUGUCUCGAGAAAGAGGGGUGGAAGAAAACGGCGCUUUACAAUAUGAAGCUUCUUGACAGUGUGCUUAACGAGAGCCAACGCCUCAAGCCCAACCAGAUUUCUUCGAUGUUCCGACAAGCGAUCGCCGACGUCACCUUGUCCGACGGUACCAAGAUUCCAAAGGGAUCCUCUGUCGCAGUGUCAGGUGAAAGAAUGAGAGAUCCAGUAUUCUACGAGAACCCCAACGAAUUUGACGGCUAUCGCUUUUUACGUAUGCGGGAGAGCGGCAAGCCGGGGCAAGAGGCGGCUGCUCAGUUGGUGACUACGAGCGUCAACCAUCUUGGCUUCGGCCAUGGAGAGCACAGUUGCCCAGGACGCUUCUUCGCGGCCAGUGAGGCAAAGAUCAUCAUCGCUCACCUGCUCUUGAAAUAUGACUGGAACUACGACACUGCUUACAAGAUGAGAUUGCGGAAGUUCGGAUUUGCGGAGGAGGCCGAUCCGGAUCUCAAAGUUUCUUGCAAGCGACGGGAGAUGGAAAUUUCGUUGUGA